UAGACACUCAAUAUUCAUGUGCCGUUUCUCGAGUCUUGCCUUCUGCGUCCGUGUCAAUCAUGCGCUUUCGCAUCGCCGAGAUCGGCGGCCUCCACCCGCCUCCUGAGUCCCUCAAGAUAUUUGCUUCUCAGAUUCGUGUCGAAGCUGGGCAUCGCCAUUCGGGACAGUGCUCGAAUUCUUACGUUUGAAGGAGCGUGACGACGUUGCAAGGGAUAACCAGUACAAGGCUUCCUGAACAGAUCCUCUCGAUAGCUCUUCGAGCAUCCCACGACGGAGAAGAGUCUUCCGACCACUACUUGCUCCUUCCUAUGGUUCGUUGCGGAGUGCACAGCAUUCGUCUCGGUCUAGCAGGGCCCACUAGUGGUACGAUUGCCAGCUAUUCAUCAUCUGGAGCGACAGCCUUUCAACAACCAAGGGAUGGAGACGUGUCUCUGCAGCACCAUUAAUCGGUUAGCCGGUGCGUUCAAUGAGAGCGAGGCCCGGAGUCUCUCGCUCGAAUUAAAUAAGCACCUGAGCUCGAUCCGUACCAUGCUGGAUCAAUCAAAAACACUGGCUCAUGAUGUUCGGUACCGCAUUGUGCCGAUCGACCAACGGACCGCGAAGAUACUAUCCAUACAGCACCUAGACAACACGAGAGUAAGCCGGAUUUGCGAAAAAGUGAAAGACGCAAUCGACCACUUUUGGACACCCUCCGACGACGUAGAUCAUGAUAAGCUACGUCGACGUCUGGCAUGUGUGAUGAUAUAUCUCCGAUCUAAGAUGAAUAACCACGACCUAGUUCCACCGGCCAUUUCCAGCCUGGUCCAAGGGAUGAAAAUUUCGGAACUUCGCUAUGCAGGGAGGAAAUACAUCAAGGUAGCGCGUAGACUUGGUAGCAUUGGGUCGAUGAUCUGGCUCCCCCUGGACGUUCCCGCUUCUACCUAUGAGAGAUACCUUAACAUGGAUGACGAGAUAGUCUUCGCUCACCUGCGGUCGAUAAGUGUCCAUCUGCCCGACUACACAGACUUUGUACAGCGUAUUGUGGCAGAUCAACUAAACGACCCGUCUUCCCCUCUCCCGUACUAUAAUCUCGCUCCGGAAUAUGGAGACAUGAUACAAAGCUCAGACCAGCUGCUCCUGCUCAUUCAUGCUCUCGGUGGCUUGGAUAUUCCCAUCAAGCUACUUGAAAGCGUAAGGCUCACCAAAAGGCGCUGGACAGCCGGAGGUGAGCUCGAAGAAGUCACAGCUACUGAUUUCGGCGUCUCUUAUAACCUGGUUUGUCUCUUGUCCGAUGAUAUAAAUCUUAGUCGCUUAGCAGCUCGUCCGGAUGUCAAGGUUCAUAGCCUGGAGGAUGGCACUCCCGCUUUCUCUAUCUGUCCAGAGGAUAGGUCUGCUCUCUCGAACGGCCUCACAUCACAGACACAAGAAUAUUUCUUAUCGAUCGCCAUCAGAUUGGUUGCCUUUGCCACUCCUCCACCCCUCGAAGGAAAUACUUCCUGGUCGAUACCUCUCAAGGAAGCCACUUGGGCUUUGUUAAACAAGGUCACGGAGCAAAAGCGGGUGGCGGCACUUCUCAAAACUCAUGUGAUGGAAUCACUUUUCUACUUCGCCGAGAGAGAUUCGUUUACAAUUCGCCGAAUCGCCAUCGACCGAGCCCGAUCACUACUCACCAAGUCCAUGCCCUACUAUUUCCACGCGUGUGUCGCUUUGUUCGAGAGCAUACUCCGUCGUUUGGAAGGAAAGCUCGUCAACUCGACUUCUACAGUUCAAGACUUCCUCUCGACAAGUCCACCACCAACCACUCGUCUUGAGAAUGCUCUUCAAGGAAGACUCCACAUUUCUCUGAUGGAGACCAAGAUACAGCAUUACGACAGUGGUAUCGCCGCAUGCAUCUACGCGUGGGAGGGGAUACAGCCAUUGUCGUCGUUAGAAACUGAGGUUACGCGCAGGCUUCAAGGUACAGCGUCGAGGUUCUUCCAGUCAAUCGGAGAUUUCUCAACCGCAAGGGCUUCCCUGGAACAACACCUAUGGCUCGACUCCGCAAGGCCAAUUCGACGUAACACCCGCCUUCUCCUGGUUGGUCGACUUGCCGAGGUUUAUUGCGAGCUUUGUCAAUAUCAGAAGGCGAUCGAGCUUCUUCAGCCAGAAUUUAACAGCAUACCUCAGGCUGAACGAAAGGGUCGCCCCUACAGACGCCUGCUCCUGGCAUCCGUAGAAGCUAGCCUGGGCAAAGAGGACCUAAAUGCGGCCGAAUCCACGCUCCAACGACUAGUCGACACUGAGCCUCCGGCUCUGGACGAUACGAAUGAUCAAGUGCUUUAUAUGCGCCGAGUAAUAGCCAAGGCACGCACUGCUCAUAUGAAACAGAACUAUAAAGAUGCCUCUGGCUUAUGGAGAGCUGCUCUACAGAACAUGGAACAACUGCAGAUCUUUAGAUCUAAGCAUCCCUGGACAUCGGCCUUGAUUCAAUUAUCUAUGGCCCAUGCUCAACUAAGUAUUGGCGACGAGGGCAGUGGCAAGCAGUCGUGGGCCAAGGCUCUGGAGAUCUCCAGAAUCGAAAGAUGCGAGUAUAUUAUCCCCGUCGUGGCAAAUAUAUGGGCGCGAAAGAUUGUGAGUGAGAUUCAUCGUACCUAUGGUUGGCCUUUUCUCAUGAUGCUACCGGGUGGCAAUCCAGAUGUUGUAUGGUCUUGAGAUAAGAUAGAUAAAUUAGAAUAUCCCUCCAAGUUGCCGAACUCUAUUAAUACGUCGGUCCGUUCUAUAGGCGUAUAGCUAUACAUGUGAG